GAUGUUUUAUUGUUCAGUCAGAUCUAUGGAGCAGAUAUUGAGAUGAAGGUCAAACCAGGAGACAACAUCACUCUUCACUGUGACCGUCCUUUAACUCGUGGUCUGGGCAUAAUGUGGAUAAAAAACAGUUCUUAUGAAUUUCAACCCUCUCUCAUGAUAGAUUAUCGGAAAAUGAAUAAAGAGACCAUCAGUCGUUUCAGUUUUCCUAAAAACUCCAACAUUAGUUCUUUUGAUCUACACAUUACUAACAUCACAGUCUUUGAUCUGGGACUUCACUACUGUGCUGAAUAUGAGAAAAAGUUCAAAGACGACGAAAAAGGCAUGUACCUAUUUGAAGUGUACUAUUAUGGAAACCAAACAACUCGUCUUUCUCUCGCUGUAACUUCAUGUUCUGCAGACUUCAACAACACAGUCUCUCCUCCUCCUGUAUCAGACUGUAUCCUCAGCUGGAUGCUGCUGGUCAGUGUUUGUGUUGUGUGUUUUCUCAUCUGCUUCAUCUGUGUCUACUGCUUCUGUAAGAGAAAAACAACAGGUCUUGAGAGUGCAAAGAUGCUCACAGCAAAUGUUAUGAAGAUGGAUUCGACAGAGAAACAUCAAUGUUUGAUGAGUAAGACUGGAAAGGUCUGUCUUCAUACUGAAGUCACUUAUAGACUCCUGCCAUCUGUACAUCGCUAAUAAAAGAUGUGAAUCUCUCUCAGUUUAUGUAAACUCAGCUUUUGGCAGUAGAAACUGCUUACACUUUACGGCACUCGAUUUGUACUGAGCUAUCUCACCUAUACUUAAACAUGAACCACAUUUAGGUACAAAUACAUAAACUACCAAACAAGGAAUAUACAGUAUAGUAAACAACUUAUUUACAUUUUUUUGUGAAUUACCACAAAUAUCAUUGAAAUGUUUUU